AUGAAAGCACUUUCCAAAGCCAAACUUCGUCAUUCUCAAAAGCAACAACAAGAUGGCAAAGCAGUGCCUCCAACUCCUCCCUCUCGGAAAACCAACCAUUCACAAUCAUCGAAUCAUGACGACAUUUCUCUCAAUGAUCAUAUUCCAAUCAAUCCUCAUUCCUCCUCUUCUUCUACUUUACAUCAUCAGUUGGAAUAUGAAAGAAAUUUACUUCUUCUCACUCUACUCAACAUGAAUUUAAAUUUAAUCAUUCAUACGAGUGGUAACCAUACCAAUGAUGACACUUCAUUAUCACUUCAUUCCUAUUUACAAUCUCUUCAAUCCAAUUCUGAAGAUGUGAAUUUAGUCAAUUCUCUGAGUCGGAUCAACAAUGUACCAUCUCUUGUACAACGUAUUCUUACCAAACAAUCCAUUGAUUUGAGUGAAUUUGAAUUGAUUUUACCUGAAAAUGAUCAUCCUAUUCAUACUGAUCACUCUACUGAAAAGAGUAAUACAAGUAUCAUCAUGACAACAAUGAAUUUGACUCAACCCUUGCCAAUGACAUCAUCAUCACCAACAUUUCCGACAACAAUGACAUUAUCUCAAGAAGAAGAGGGUCUCAACUCGAUCACUCCUCAGAGUCCAACAACCACAACAACAACACCACCAAAAUCAUCCUUACAACCUCCAAUGAUGAAAAAUUUGAACACGACUCAACGAUUGAAACCUCUUCCAAAACCAGCAUUAUUAGAUACUUCAGAAUUAUUAUAUAAAACUGUGAUUGGUGUGGUUGAACCUUCGAACAACAAAUCAUCCUUGUUACUUCAAUCUUCAACUUGGAAUAACAUUUCCUACAAUGAUUUGAAAUUAAUUUCCUAUGAACUUGUAUUAAUAUUAUCCAAUUCAUUGAUUGAAUAUCAUACCAUUCAUAAUAAUAGACAAUAUAUUGAUACUUUAUUGAAUGUAGUAAGAAAGUAUUGUGGAAUUUCUAAAAUAGAUCAUUUUAACAUGAUUAAGAGAGUAUUUUCUGGAAUUUCUACUACCACUGGUCAUAAUCCUCUACUCUCAAAUAAUAUUCUUUCAUCAUUUAAUACCAUUGAUUGUGUUGAAUAUUAUCAAGCAUUAACCAAGUUAAAAUCUUCACACACUGAAUCCAAUGUUGAACAAAAAUCAUCUCUCUAUCUUUGGAAAUUAAUUGCUAAUAAUUUAAAAAAUAGUGAAAAUUUAAAUGUAUUGAAAAUCUAUGCUCUAGUAUUUUUAAAUGUAUUAUUAUCAUUGAUAUUUAUCAAAUUUCAUCCAUCUCAUACAAAUACUACUACUACUGCUACUAGUAUUACUACUAGUACUAAUACUAAUACUACUACCACAACUUUACCUUUUCAAAUUAAAUUGAAAAAUCAAAUAUAUUCAGAUUUCAAUUCAUUACAAUCAUGCCUUUGCAAUGAAUUUGAAUUAUUUAUCAAGUGUGAAGAACAUCCAAUGGAGAAUGCCAUUCAAAUCUAUACAAGAUUAAAUUCAGAUAUUGUCAUGCCAUUAAUUCCACAAUUGAGUGAAAAUUUAAUCAAUAAUGGUCCACUUUCAAUCAUUUCUACCAUGACUACUACUACUAGCACUACUUUAACUCUACCCUAUCCAUUUCCUCUCAAUAUCAAAUUAUAUUCUCAACUCUCAGAUACUCGAGUAUUAAAUAUUUUAAAAUUACUUAAAAAUAAUCAAUUAGAAAUUCCAGAAUAUUUUGAAGAUAUUAUGAAUGAGAGUAAUGGUGUUGAUUAUAAUGAAUAUUUUGAAAAUGUUAUUGAACAUGAUUCUGUUACCAUGGCAUUGAAACCUAUUCGACAAUCUUUGAAUAUUUCUGAAACAAUGGAUACCUUGUGUUUCAUUGAUUCCAUAUUUAGAAUGGAACAAAAUUGUAGUACAGAUACUGAUUUAAUGUUACAAUGUGAUCAGUUAUUGUUACUACUCUUUCAAUAUUAUAUCAAGAAGAGAAAUAUUAUUUCUAAUUAUUCUAAAUAUAGUGAAGAAGAAAAAGUGUACUAUGAUACUAUAUUUGGAACGAUGCGACAAGUCUUGGGUCAUCAAUUAUUAGAUUUUACUUCAAGUUAUAGUAUUGAUCAUGAAAUAUUUUCUUGUCAUCUCAAAUUAUUUAGAUAUAUUUGUUAUAUCAUGAUGAAGAAUGAUUCGACAUUAACCAAUCCAUCCAUGAAUUUAAUAUUUGAAAAUAUUACCAAAUCAUCCAUUCGAAAACAAUAUGAAAGAAUUAAACAACAAGAAUGUACACAUGUGGCAUGGAAGGGUCAUGUCCAUACUCUAGAAGUAACUAUAGCUAGUAAGAAUAGUGGUGUCAUCCAUUCUUCUAAUAAUAGUAAUAAUAGUAGUCCUACUAGUCCAACUAGUAUCCAUACUCCUCCUAUUAUAAAUUCUCCUACUACUACUAGUAUCCAAUCACCUACUACUAGUAAUAGUAUUCAUACUCCUACUAAAAAUAAUGAUUUAAAAGACUUUUUCGCAACGGACAUGGAUCAUGAACAAGACGAUACAAAAGAUACCACUCUCAUCAUUUGUAAUGAAUUUAUUCAAUUUGGAAAAGAAUUACUCUCAGAAUUAACAUAUCAACAAUCUACAUUGUUUGCAUCACUCUCCAAUUACUAUGAAGGAGCAUUUAUUGAAUCACUUUAUAUGACUUUUGCUUUUUAUAUGAAAGAUUUACAAUCCAUUCUAUCCAAGUAUUUAUUUCCAACAACAAGUACUAGCACUGGUACUAUGAAUACUGGUAUGAAUACUAAUACUACAAAUACUACCAGUAAGAAUAGAGAUAAUGCUGAAUUUUCUUCCAAUCAUAGUCAUUUAUUUAAUAUUUUUUCUGUUCUUCAAUCUUUUUUAAUAUUAUUUAAUGAAUGUAUAUUUGAGAGUAAUGACGUGAAUGAAGAAGAGAAUGAUAUUCAUGAUAUGAAUACUACUACUACUACUACUUACAAACGUUCCUAUCCUCAUCGAAUUCUAAAAAUAUUUGAACCUAUCAUGAAUCUAUUGAAACAACCCAUGACUCUUUACAUUAAUCAUAUUCAAAGUCAAUUCUUUAAAUAUUUAGAAAAUGCAGUCAAGUUAGAGAAAUGGCAACCUCUCAAUGAAGAUGUUCAAUAUUCAUCAUCCUAUAUUGAUAUCUUUACAUUUAUUCGACAAGGAGUGCCAUCACUCUAUUCGAUUUGUUUACCCAAUGUAUUGGAAUAUUACAAACAUUUUCAUCAAUGUUUGAGUGGAUUAAUGCAACGGUAUUGUGUUCAUAUUAUGAAAGAUUUACCAAAACCAGAAGAUUUUAUACCAAAGAGAUUAUAUCCAUGGAGUGGAGGUCAUGUUGUGGAUGAUACAAUGACUCGUAGAGUGAAUUCAAGUAGUACGACAACUACUAGUAGUAGUAGUCGAGUGAAUCAAAAAACUGGAAUGUUUAGAAAAUUUUUAAAAUCUGCGAAUAGUGCUACUUCUAGUGCUACUUCUACUACUACCUCUAGUGCUACUUCUACUACUACUACUAAUUCGACUCGAAUGGACACAACGACUAUUACUCUUGGAUCUUCUUGUUUGGAAGCCAUGAAUGAUCUCAUUACAGAUCCAAGAAAUCAAUCAUUCUCAAAUAAUGAUUCCAAUAUCAUCACUUAUGAAUCGUUGUUUGUCAGAUUGGCUAAUCUUGUCAAUACUCGUCGACAAUACAUCAAGACAGUGAAAGAAUUAAUUGAAUAUUCAGAACAGAGUCGAUUAUUAUUUAUUGGAAAAUCAAAUUCUACAAUGGAAUAUAAUCAUCAAUUACCAUCCAUCUAUGCAAGUGUUGAUUUUUAUUCAAAUUUAGAAGGAACUUCUGAUUUGUUAAAAGAUUUCAUUUCUCAACUCACUGAAUUAAUUGGAGCUAGAAAUAUCUAUUGUGAAUUGUAUAAUAAUUUAUUUGGAGAAUUAUAUUUACCUCAAGUGAAAGAUUUUACCUUUGCACCUAAAAUGAUUCAAGAAUAUUUUGAACCAUGUUUAGAAUCAUUAUUAGAUUUGUGUGAUGAUCCAGUGUGUGUCGAGUGGAUUAUUACAUGCAUGUUUAAACAUUUAAUAAGAGUCUUGUAUUUGAUUAUUGUUGAAGGUUAUUUAUCACCCUAUAAUGAAUUUCAUUUGAAAUGGAGAUGUUUGGGUGGGAGUGGUGAAGGAUCUAGUAGUAGUAGUAGUAAUAAUUCUAAAAAUUCUAAAAAAUUCUAA